CUCAUCUUAAACUCAUUUCAUUUUCCCCUUUUUUCCCCAAUCUGUUGCUCAACACACUCCCUUCUCCUCAAGACCGCAGAGCAUAAGAAACGCCUCUCGAUCGGAGAAUCAGCAUACCCAGCUCAGAAAAUAGGGUUCUUGCGUUGAUAAAUAAUGGGGACUUUAGGAAGAGCAAUCUACGUCGUUGGAUCCUGGAUCCGUGUAGCUGGCCAAACAGUUGAUCGUGUCGGCUGCAGCCUCCAAGGCAGUCACCUCUUCGAAGAACAAGUGUCUAGGCAUCGAACACUGAUGAAUCUGUUUGAUAAAGACCCUGUGGUUGACAAAGAUGCAUUUGUUGCUCCUGGUGCUUCUGUAAUCGGAGAUGUUCAAGUAGGGCGUGGUUCCUCUAUUUGGUAUGGAUGUGUUCUUAGAGGUGAUGUGAACAGUAUCAGUAUUGGAUCUGGAACAAACAUUCAAGACAAUGCUCUUGUUCAUGUAGCCAAAUCCAACAUUAGUGGAAAUGUUCUCCCAACAACAAUAGGAAACAAUGUAACUGUAGGUCAUGGUGCUGUAUUACAUGGAUGCACUGUUGAAGAUGAAGCUUUUGUGGGUAUGGGUGCCACCUUGCUUGAUGGGACCCACGUUGAAAAAAAUGCCAUGGUUGCAGCUGGAGCUCUUGUUAGGCAAAACACAAGGAUCCCAUUUGGCGAGGUGUGUGAAAAAAAAUAUAAAGUUUUCAUUUUUUAUGAUUUUGAAUAA